AUGUUGAACCUUGUCGCCAGGUCUUCAGUACGUGCUCGCCAAAAUGCCAUUGCUAACCCGCAGAAGCUUGUUCUCCGCCAGAACGCCAGAUGCCUCUCGGUGUCGGCCGUUAGAAACAACCUCGUGACCGAUCUCUACGUCAAGGAGCUGAAGGCUUUCAAGCCCACUCCUGCCUCUGCCGCCGACGCCGACGCCGCCACCAAGCCAUGGAAGCUCCCACAGGCCGCCAAGGUCCCAUCUUUGGAGGGCGAGGGCGCCGACGCGCUGGCCGAGUACGACUCCGCUAAGGUCGAGGUCGUCGAGGCCUCCGGCGAGACCGCUGCCGAGGAGUACAACCCAGACGACUGGUUUGUGUUUGAAGAGGAGGAGGAGCCGGGCCACCACUGA